CUUCACCAUCUCAAUAAUCAACAACAGUUUUAUAUUGCUUCUCCGAGAAACAUCGUUCUAAUCAUACCCUCCUUUAGUAACACCCCACCUCGCCUAUUUACAUUAUGGUCAAGGCUGCUGUUCUUGGGGCCUCCGGAGGCAUUGGUCAGCCUCUAUCCCUUUUGCUCAAGGCAUCCCCCUUUAUUGACGAGCUCGCCCUUUACGAUGUUGUCAACACCCCCGGUGUUGCCGCUGACCUCUCCCACAUUUCUUCUGUUGCUAAAAUCUCAGGUUACCUGCCCAAGGAAGAUGGCCUGAAAAACGCCUUGACUGGCACUGACAUUGUCGUUAUCCCAGCUGGAAUUCCUCGUAAGCCUGGUAUGACUCGUGAUGACCUUUUCAAGAUCAACGCUGGCAUUGUCCGUGACCUUGUCAAGGGCAUUGCCGAAUACAGCCCCAAGGCUUUCAUCUUGAUCAUUUCAAACCCCGUCAACUCCACCGUACCCAUUGCUGCCGAAAUCCUCAAAGCCGCUGGCGUCUUUGACCCGGCGCGUCUCUUUGGCGUUACAACUUUAGAUGUUGUCCGCGCAGAAACCUUCACCCAGGAGUUCUCCGGCCAGAAGGACCCAUCCGCAGUGACUGUCCCUGUUGUUGGUGGUCACUCCGGCGAAACUAUUGUCCCCCUCUUCAGCAAGGUUUCUCCUGCCUUCCAGAUUCCGGCAGACAAAUACGAUGCGCUUGUCAACCGCGUCCAGUUCGGUGGCGACGAGGUCGUCAAAGCCAAGGACGGCGCCGGCUCUGCCACCCUUUCCAUGGCUUUCGCUGGCUUCAGGUUUGCAGAGAGCGUGAUCAAAGCCUCCAAGGGCCAGUCUGGCAUUGUCGAGCCAAGCUACGUCUACCUACCAGGUGUGCCUGGUGGCGCGGAUAUUGCCAAGGCUACCGGCGUUAACUUUUUCUCGACUCCUGUCGAACUUGGACCGAAUGGUGUUCAAAAGGCCAUAAACAUUCUCGACGGUAUUACAGAUGCUGAGAAAAAGCUCCUUGAUACGGCUAUCAAGGGUCUCAAGGGCAACAUUGACAAGGGCGUCGAAUUCGCUCAGAGUCCCCCACCAAAGUAAACACGCCCUUCCCCGUCCUCAAUUCAAGGCUCCCAUUCAUCGGUCGGUCAUUUAUGCAGCUCGCAUUCCUGCUCCGACUGAGACGUACCUGUAGCGGUCCUCCGAGACUUGCUGUCCCUGAAGAAGCUUCGCUAAUCGCUGGUAUUCGAAAAAGAUAGGCUUUGAAUCAUUUAAAUGAUAUACGGCGAACGUUGAGGAGGGCCGUAAAAAUGUUUCGGUUAGUCUGCAGCUCGUAUGAUAGGAACAAAACAGCAGAAUCAAUGUCUUCCUAAACCGCAUAAGUCGUGUAGAGCUCUGCCCAGUUGUUUUAAUGGUAGUUGAAGCAGCCUCCAGUCGCUACCAGACGGUCCCCAAAGGUUUGAAGCCGGCACGCAACAUAGAUAACAGUGUUCCCUAUUUGUUGAUUGUCUUUACCUGGAAGGUGGCCCCAGGAAGUUCCGUGGUUUCCGCCUGGACAGUCGUAUGAAUGCCCAAGUUUGAUAAUGCACCACGAAUGAC